GAACUUUCGUCUAUCAAAGUGAAACAAAGGCAUCCUAGCAUGACCAUUGCUAAUGCAUAUUGAUGAUGCCAUCAACAAUCAGGCGAUACAGUUCUUACCCUGUAUGAACACAAUUUGUUGAAUACAUUAUAAAUUAACCCAGUAGUGUGAUAUCAACCGAGGACGACGACUGUGGUGGUUUUUCAUUUGGGUGUUUGGAGGUAAGCGGCGCACUAGCAAACCAUAGCCGGCUGAGGACCUACGGGACGCCGUGACAGAUAGAUAUACCGUUGACAGAGACCAGGUGUAUCCAGACUACAUAACACCACGUUAAUUACAGGACGAUGACCUGUGUAACGAAGAUGCCGAUGAAGUACUGGAUAGGAUUUACCAUCCUGCAAUGCAUUUUAUUAUUCUACUUCUUUUCCCAUUUCGAAAGACCAACUCACGAAACUGCAAAAUCACUCAAGGAAAAAGCACCAUCCAUCACAUUAUUUUCAGCAUGGAAUAAGUUUACACAGAGAUAUGAAGUACUUAACAACACUUUACGCAAUUGGCCUUUACUACAACCUCACGUGAAACUCUAUCUCUUCACCAACGAUUUCAUCCCGGAUUUAAAAGAGUAUGAAAAGUUAGGAUGGACGGUGCUACCAGUACUAAGACGAAUCGAAGGUGAUGCCGUUAUAAAGGAUUUAUUCCUAAGAGUUAUGCAACUACAACCAGACUCAAGCCUAUAUGCAUUUGUUAACGGAAACAUACUUUUAACAAAUUCUUUCAUCAAAAAUUUGCACGAAAUUAUCAAGUCUCCUCUACUUAACAAAAAAACAUUUUUCUUAACGGGAAGGAAAAUGAAUGUUCCAGAUGUCACACGGGAGGAAACAAGUUCAUUGGAGAAUAUUGAAAGGGCUGCGAAGAGAGGGGUGUUGGAUAAACCACAUAUGGGAAUAGAUUAUUAUAUAACCUCUCCAAGCUAUGAUUGGCAACUUUUCCCAGAUUUGCAAUAUUGGCGUCCCGCUUACGAUCCUUGGAUGCUUUGGGACGUUCGAAAAUUGGGCCAUGUCGCGAUCGAUGCCACUAACACUCUCUUAGCAGCUUAUCAAAACGCAUCAAAGCCAAAGGAUCCUCGGAAGAAGAACAACAUUAAGUAUAUAAUAGCUUCUCGUGAAGAACUCGCCGCCAAAGGAGCCAUUUCGUGCUGCGAGUUUGAAACGGUAUUAGAAAAUGGCAUGGUAACGGUCCAAAAACGGAACCAGAUACCAAAACAAUGCAAAUUUUGAUUAUUACGUUUGAGAAAAUGUUGAAAUCAUUUUCAUAGGAGAAAGUAACAUUUUACAUUCGCGUUGUAUUGCAACACUAAUGUGUUAUAUCUCGAAACUUACCCGUUAUUGCGCAAAACUAAUAUGUACAUUAUUAAGUACGCAAAACUAAUACAUUAUUAAGUAUACAAAACUAACACAUUAUUAAGUACGCAAAACUAACACAUUAUUAAGUACGCAAAACUAAUACAUUAUUAGGUAUUCCGUAUUUCUCUGGACGAUAUGCGCACGAUUGUUUAAUGAUAAAACCAAGAAUACACCAAAUGUACUUAUUAUACUACAUAGAGUUUUAUAAUUACAAACUGAUAGUUACAAUAUGACGUCACCACUGAAUUACAUGACCGAGUUACACACCAUAAUUAGCGUUCUGCGUUGUAAGCGUAUGGCGUUAAAGAACAAUUUAAUAAUUAAUUAAUCCGAUAGAGCGGGGAGGUCGAAAACUGAUUUACAGUAACCAUAACCUCAAUCGUGACUCCAGUUGCUUGACACGUAGACUUCUUCAAGAAGCGAUGGGUGCCAAUGCAUAUAUGACGUUUAAUGACAAUUAGAUUAUAAAUGAAGUCGGUACAUUGAUGACGUAGUGUGAUUACGAAUGUGCCUUUAUCCCUUCGUUGACUCGACACAAUGGGGUAACAUAUUAAAUAUACGACAUUAACCAAAAAAACUUACUAGAAUGCAUGAUAUUGAACAUAGAUAUAUUACACGAGUUUUAUUUAUUCAUUUUUUUUUUCAAUAUUUUUAUCCUUGUAUGAGAUUUAUUAUUUAGGCGAUGAAAAAAGAUAUUGAUUUAAGCAUAAAUAAUUUUGAGGAGUUAUUUCAUGCUCAAAACAUCAUGUGGACUUUACUUGAGCUGCAAUCAACAUUUUAUAAUAAUACAUGCACCAAGUAAGUGUGUUCCACUAGUUUCAUACAAACUAGACUCGCUUAUGUUUUGCUCCGACAAAAUAGGAAAAUAGGAAAAAAGGUAUUAAAAAUCAUGUUCUGAGCCUUAUUGAAAUGAUAAUUCGUUUUUAACGAACUACUAUUUCGUUUUAUCGAAGUAUUAUUUCGUUAUAUCGAAAUAAUCAAUAUUGUUUUUUCGAAAUGUCUCCUUAUAUCGAAAUAGCAAUUCGUUUUCACGAAAUCACAUUACGUUACAUCCAAAUAAUUCGUUUUAACAUAGAUUUUUGGAUUUCAAAAGUAAAUAGGGGUCCAUUUUGAGCAACAAACAUGGAAAUCGCUUGAGAGGCUUCUCACAGAAAAGUGUUACUACAUGUGCAUCAGUUGAUCCUUUUCGAUUGAUUUAUUGAUUUUGUGUCCUGAUCCUGGUAUAUCUACUCGAAGUAGGUAGAACUUUCAUUUCAUUGGUAGUCUAAUUGUUUCUUACCUACCUGAUUUGCUUGUUAAGUUUUCCCAGUGCUGCAUAAGAAAUGCGACCCAUAAAAGUAAAAGUUUCGUAACUGUGUUGAACAUUUUUUCAAUAAAUACUUCUUACAUAUGGUAAUAAUUGAACUGUGAUUACAUUCGUCAUUGUAACUCUGUUAUAAUCCGGGCCUAGCUUUGUCAAUAUUCCUUAACUUACUUUAUGUACGAAAAUGUCUUUUUUUUUUUUUUUUUUGCAUAUAUUAUCGAUUUUACAUUCACAUGUUUAUGUUGCUGGUUGUUUUAGUCACCAACCAUAGUUGUAAGGAUGUUUGAUGUUUUUGACACUUUGUGUUAUUGCAUUGCAUGUUGUUUUAUACUGUGAAAUCCUAUUGUUCCGACUGUGUCUAUAUUGUUUCGACAGUGUUUAUAUAGGGACCGAAUUGGUUCCCCCUCAUUAUCACCGCCGAAAAUUGUCUUUAAAAAUCCAUUCAAUUCAUAUAUUUUUAUUACGGUGAUUUGGAAAAAAAACAUAAAGAACAGAGUCAUUUUUAAAUUCUUAAAUAUUGAUAACUAUAUACGAAAAUAUGAUCAAUUAAUUAAACAGCCGUUUUAUGCCGCCAAUGCACUAUCGUUAACCGUUUCCUUCCGCUCCAAAAAUUCCAGUAAUUUUUUUUUAUUAUUAUUUAAUUAAUUAAAUUUUUUUUUUUUUGCUUUUUAUUCAUAAAAAAUAAAGAAUAACAUCUAAUAAAAUCAUUUGUGUUAAAUUAGAAUUGUUUCAUUUGGUUAGAUUGCAAAGAAAACCUAAUUUAUGGAAUUGAAACGGAGACUAUUUCUGGCGUAUUGAUAUCUAACUGAUGUAAUGUGUGAAAUGUGAAAUCAGCACGUUAAACGAUGUUUCAUAUUGUAUUCAUAGUGUUUUCAUGGUCAAAUGGCAUAUAAAGAAUCAACACUCAGAAUGUAAAUAUAGUUAAAUGAACGGCCAUGUUCUGAUCGAUAUUUCAGUGCAAAGGGAAAUCAUGUGACUUGGAAGUAUAUAAUAUACAUACGACAAUUUUAGAGAAAGUCAUUGACUCAAAGUUUCAUAAAUUCCCAUAACAACUUUACAUUCCAUGUAAAUUCUAACGAUUGAUAUAAAUUGUGCAGUUUGCCUUAUAUUUUCUAAGAGGACAAAAUAUAUUAGUCCUUUUCCACCCUGCUUCAAGAAAGUGUUUUUUUAAUUCUGAUAUCAAAUGUAUUUUUAAUUUAUCUGUAUUAAUAAAAUAUGGAAAUCAA